CUGUACGAGGGCCAAGAUAUACUCCAGUACGUAAUAGUGCAGGGCGUCGUUUCUUUUUUUUUUUAGAAAACUCCAGGCUUUGAGGUGGUAUCAACUAUCAACUGCGAGCUGCUUCUUUGGAACUAACUCGUCUAUUGGUGAGGAGGUGGUGUCGUGGUGACCAUGGCGCCUGGCCUCUUGGCCGCCGCCGGCGUGGUAGCCGCGGUGGCGUCGCUCGCGGCCCACGUCGCGCUCAACUGCCCCGUGCAGCCGGUGCCGUCGACUCCGCGGCCGCCCACUCCGCCCCCCAACAACCUCCUCCAGAGGCUUGAGAAGCUGGGGGAAGGGGCGCUGGACGCGCCGGAGGACGUGUACUUUGACGCGGCGGCGGGCGGGGUGCUGUACACGGCCACCAGGGACGGCUGGCUGCAGCGGAUGCACCCGAACAACGGCUCCUGGGAGCGGUGGCGCUUCGUCGGCGGCACGGGGCUGCUCGGGGUCGCGCCGUCCGCCGACGGCACCAUGCUCGUCUGCGAUGCCGACAAGGGACUUUUGAGAGUCGGGGAGGAAGGAGUGACCCUUCUUGCGUCGGAGGUCGAGGGCACCACGAUCAGGUUCGCGGACGCGGCGAUCGAGGCCUCCGACGGCACGGUGUACUUCAGCGACGCCAGCACCAGGUUCGGCUUCGACAGGUGGUUCUACGACUUCUUGGAGUCCCGCGUCACCGGCCGACUCCUCCGGUACGACCCGCGCAACGGCGAGACGUCCGUUGUGCUCGACCGCCUCAGUUGCGCCAACGGCGUCGCCCUGUCGAGGGACGAGACAUUUGUGGUCGUCUGCGAGACGUGGAGGUUCAGGUGCCUGAAAGUGUGGCUGAAAGGGGAGAAAGCCGGCAAGGCAGAGACGUUCGUCGACCUCCCGGGAGCUCCAGAUAACAUUCGUCUCGGGUCAGACGGUCAUUUCUGGAUUGCCCUCCACCUGAUCAGUUCGCCAUGGCUGGAUUUCAUCACGCGCUGGACCUUCACGAAGAGAGUGGUGGCCUCGUUCCCCGUGCUCCUCAAGUGGAGCAAGGCAACGAUCAAGGGUGCCAUGGUGGCUCAGGUGUCGGAGGAUGGCAACAUCCUCCGCGUGCUUGACGACUCCGAAGGGAAGGUGAUCAACUCCGUCACAUCGGUUACGGAGUUCAACGGGGACAUCUUCCUCGGAAGCCUCGCGACCAACUUCGUCGGGAAAUUGUCUCUGGUGCAGGUGACACAUGAGCAGGGAGCAGUAUCUUCUUUAGACGUUUGAGUUCUCCAUGUCAGUUUAUGCCAGAAUAAACUGGGGAACAUUUCGGUUUAGACACACUUGACUCUUUAAGCGUUGUCAUACCUCUGAUGUACAGUAAUCGGCUCCAGAUUAAGAUUUGGUAGGCCUUAGAAGAUUCAGAAGACUAGUAGCUGAGCAAGCUGCUUUGUUUGUCCUUCA